GCCCUCAUUCUUUAAGCCUGACGUCAUUGUCGCUUGUGUUUUUUAUGAAUGAAGGAAUCCAACCUCAGAGAGCAGCGGAGUAAUUCCGGGAAAAGGCGGACUGACAUUUUGUCGCCAGAGUCGUUUCGACCCAGCAGAGUGUCUGUAUCUGUGUUCACUGGUGUUUGGUGGGAAGAAACCGAAGACGGUCAGAUCAUGACGACAGAAAGAAACAGCAAAGCCCUGAAGGUGAAGCAGGAGUGUGGCGAGAAUGUGCCCGUCCUGUCGGACAGUGAGCUCAUGUCCCUCUCGGUACGAGAGUUGAACCUUCACCUGCGCGGCCUGUCCCGCGAGGAGAUCCAAAAGCUGAAACAGCGGCGUCGCACCUUGAAGAACCGGGGAUAUGCCGCCAGCUGCCGGGUCAAACGGGUGUCCCAGCGUGAAGCCCUGGAGCAGCAGAAAACGGAGCUCCAGAGAGAGGUGGAGAGGCUCGGAGCCGAGAACGCCGGCAUGAGGAAAGAGCUGGAGGGGCUUGGCGCGCGUCUGGCUGCGCUCCAGAGGUUUGCCAGGGGCCUGGAGGCCGGAGGAGGCCACCUGCUGGCCACAGCCCCGCGCCUCAACACCGCUUCAGUCAUCACCAUCGUUAAGAGUCCACCACAGCCUCAGCCACAGAGAGAACAGGAGCUGUCCUAGAAGGAGGUGCUGCAACCAGACUGGGGGGGACACACAACCUGCAAUGCAAACACACACACACACACCUGCAGGCAUACAUAUACUAUACACACAUGCCGAGAACAGGAAGACAAUAUAUAUUAAUAAGGAAAUAUUAAACACUUGUUUGCGUUACGCCUCGUUCACAUUUCCAAAUUCUGAUGGAUUUGAAUAUCCAGGAGUCAUCCAUUCCUGUGUGACACAGUGUUGACGGAGUGGUGUGCAACGGCACCGAACAGACAACAGCUAUGCUUAGUUUUCCAAAGCAAGGGCCAGGAACGGUUGAAAAAUCAUCUAGGACUGGUGGAGGUGUCCUCUACUUAAUACCAUUUUAUGACACUGCAGCUUACUUGGCUGAAAUUUAGUAAAGUGCAUUUGUUUAGAAGCUCUCAAAGUUUAGAAUUAUGUUCAGAAAGAUGCAGCAGAUUUAAUGUGAACGAGGCGUUGAACACUGAUGUGCUCAGUCAUCACACACACACACACACACACACAUACACACGAACACACAGAAACAAAACCCUCACACUCAUUGCCCCUCUACACAGGGCGUAGACAUUGACUAACUGGACUCUGACUGAAGCCAGACCAACCCAGAGUUACUGUACAUCUUCACUGCUCAACAAAUCCAGCUCUGACGCUGCUGCUCUCUGCAACAGAAAUGCUUCUCUCUGCUUCAGUUUAUGGCACCUGACCAACAGCAAAAUGCCAGGGUGGAGCGGACGUAUGUACAGCUUCCUGUAGCUCUACAAUGUCUGCAUCCCCGGUACACUUGUAGUCUGAAGCUACUAGCUCUUAUACCCACGUCUCUCUGCUACUGUGCAAGGAAGCAUCCCAAAGUAUGAGUCACUUUUGUUAGUCAGUAAUGAAGAGUUUCUCAAUCUUGGUGUCACUUGAUAUGCAGGUGGGGUCAUGGGAGAUUUCUAAGGCUAAUAUAGUUUGUGUUUUAAUAGUUUCAAAAGGAUCAUUUCUAUAAUCGACAGUAUGCCAUACUCAGAUUCACUUGAGCUCUCUAACUGCUUGGGCUGUGAGGAUUUGGGGAGGAAAAAAUGAUCACAGUCCAGAAAAAAAGGUUGAGAAACGCAUUUGCGAAUCCUUCAAGCUGUCCAUUCAGUGAAAUAUCUUAGUUUUGGGAUUCACCUGCCACUGCUCCCUCCCUACCAAUUCUGCCCCUCCAUGUGAGGGGAAAGUAGUUUUGUACUACUUGUGUACACAUUUCUCACAUUAAUGCAGUGCCUUCAGUGUGUGUUGGAGUUACAAGAAUGCAAAGGGAAAAGGUUUAAAACAGACUGUUCAUGACCGCACAUUUCUUUGAUUAGGAUUUCUCUGGAUUCUCCUAUUUUCUGAGCUAUGAUCCUCAUUGCUCAUUUCACAAUCCCUACUGUGCAGUAACUUUGCUACAGUCUGCUGUGGCUUCCUUUUUUUCAUAUCUGGUAGACUCCCAACAACAGAUGUUGGUCAUUUUGCUAAAAACAUGUAAAAGCGGAGUCGCAUCUGGUAGGAAUUACGCUCAAGUCGAUGCAAAUCCUCUGCAUACAUUCCCGUUCUGUGUUCUUAUUUGUAAUGUUUGUAUGUGCCGUUGAGACGAAAAUGUUGAGUGACAUUUAUCAGAGAUAUAUUCUAUAUUUUAUUUGUAUUUAAAGGUAGAUAUUAUGAAAAGACAAGCUAACGAGUGCUGUGAUGUUCUAUGUUUUCAGAAGUACUUAUGACUAGUCCGGGGAUAUUCUCAUGUCUAAUUAUUGUGUUGUGUGGCAAUGAUGAUUACUUUACAAAAUGUUAAUUAUUAGCUAUGUAGAAAUAUGCUCAAAGCCAAUGGCCAUAUUGCUGUAUGAUGAUUUGUGUGUAUGUGUGUGUUUUGCCAUGUUUGUUCUGGCUUGUCAGUGGAUUCUUGGAGGGAUAUUAUUUUUCUAUGAUGAUUUGUAUGUUAUUUGUGUGAAAAAUUAAGGUCACUUCUUUAUUGGCAGAUCCACAGGAUGUUAAAGGAAAACCGAAAAGUGGAAAGAAAGAUGGAAAUGAGGAGAUGACAGGAAGGUUGAGGGGUUGUUGAAUGAUGGAGAAAGAAAGUUGGCAUGGCGGACUGGGAAAGAAGGUGGAAAGAGGUGGUGCUUUAUUCACUUGAAAACCUCCAUCAGUCAUAAGCCUGUUACAGCCAAGACGGGCUCGAACAGACUUGGACUUCAUGGAGUCUAGGCCACUGAAUAGUGCUAGCAAUAUCAUUUAUAAGCAGGCAUUGUAACGCAUUAGACUGUGUUAACAAAUAACUCCUAAAGAUAUGAGGCAUAUAUUUAGCUAUAUGAAUAUCAGUGUGGCAAAGCAUUUAUUCUCAACAUUUUAACGUCUCACAUCUGUCAAACUGUGCUGGAUGUUUUGUAAUACUUGCAAAACAAAAAUGGUUUUUGUAUUUAUUACUUGUAUUUUUUCUAUUGUGAAAAUUUAAGUACAUUGUCUAUUUUAUAUAUUAAUUAUAAUAAAUGUUGUACAUAUUGUACAUAAAA